GCGACGGCGCGCGAUGCGCCCACGGAAGACGAGGAGGUAAAGCUGAGCCUCGUGGCAAGGGUGGGCAAGGUCCUGUUCCAACCCGGACCUAGCGGCGGACCCGUCUCCCUGGACUCUGUCCGCGACGCAGCAAAAGCAGGGGCAGAAGGAUCGAGGAGCCAGGUCCGUAAAUCGUUCUAUACGAAUUUGCCCGGCAAGUGUGUGGAUGAGAUUGGGAUGUAUAUUGGGAAGCUGACGGAUCUGAAGUUCGAUUCAUCAAAAAAGCACUACCAUGUCAAGGUGUUUGACAAGCAGCGAAGUGAUACGACGAUGUCUUGCAAAUGCACCGUGCAAGAGGAUGGGAAGCUUGUGAUCCACAAGGUUGAAUUGAACCAGAUACGGCAGCUGGUGGAGGACAUAUCCUGCCUGUCCAAAGAUUUUGAUUUAAGGCUGAUGUUGCGUACAAAAAGGAUCCUGAAGAACAUAGACCCUGAAGUGGAAAAUGCCAUAAAGAGCUUAGUGUCUUCAGCUAUUGUUGAUCCUGAUGCCAAAGGGGGACUUAAAUGGCCACUUGGGAAUGAGUCGAUUGGUGAGAGGUUCAGCAUAGUUGGGGUGUGGCAUACAAGCUAUAGUGCUUUCAGGAAUAAAACCUUAAGGUUGAAGCUCAGGUGUGCUGACCGGUUUGACCACCGGAGCUCCACUGGAGAGAUUUCCAAUGAAGUUACCUUCAAACUAACUGGCAUAUCUGAGAGACUGCAGGAUGGGAAUGAAGAGGUGGACACUCUGAAGGGGAUGCUGGACUCUGCGGUGCAGAUGAUCUGGGACACUGUUUUGAGCUACAAGAUCAAGCCUUGAGCUUGGGUAUGCUUCUUUUUUUUCCGAAACGGAGGCAAAAGAUUUGCCUCAUCUAUUAAAUAAGAAGAGGAUAGAGUUUGUUACAAGGGCACACUUUUAGACGGCAUGGAAGAUUACUCACACAAAAUAAUGUUCCCUAAUAUUUCUGCUCCGGCGGUGAUCCAAAGGUUUGCCUCGCA